GCUGCCGUAUGCAGUGAAACGCUACUUCUGGGCCCGCAUAGCAUUCCACACGACACAUACUUCACCCGUCAUGGGCUGGCUUCUUUACCUCGCAGCUUCACCGGCGGCGCUCAUAAUGUUCCUGAGAAUCCUGGCUCUCAUACUGCCGGCGCAGCUGGCGCAACUUGCGUCGUUUGCGGCGUUUACUUUGACAUCGUUCAUCCUGAUGAUGCUAUGCGCCUCGUACGGUGUCUUCGCCAGCAUUGCCCUUAGGAUGGUCGGGUAUGGCGGACUCAGCCAAUGGACAGUUGCUCGCGCGUUCAAAUGGAGCAUGUGGCUCGCCACGGGCGUCACGUUUCGGGUUACCGGCAGCAUGAAGCGCGAGGGCGGUAUGACCGGAGAAGAUGCAUUGAACACGCGGCCAGUUGUGUUUGUGGGCAACCACCAGACAGAGAUGGAUGUGUUGAUGCUGGGCUGCGUGUUUCCAAAGUACACGAGUGUCACGGCCAAGAGUAGCUUGAAGCACAUGCCAUUCUUGGGCUGGUUCAUGGCUCUCAGCAAAACCGUCUUCAUCGACCGCGCCAACCGCGCCGUCUCACGCGCAACCUUCGACACGGCUGCCGCAACCAUGAAAACCAAGCGCCAAAACGUCUUCAUCUUCCCCGAAGGCACGCGCUCAUACGCCGAAGAGCCAAUGCUCCUGCCAUUCAAGAAAGGCGCCUUCCACCUCGCGGUACAAGCACAAGUCCCCAUCGUACCUGUCGUAUGCGCCAACUACGACAACGUCCUGAACGUGAAGAAGCGGAGAUUCUGCCCCGGCACAAUCGAUGUGACGAUCCUACCACCGGUCGACACAAAGGGAUGUACAGCAGAAGACGUGGACCGGCUGGUAGAAAAAACACGCAAUGCUAUGCUGGAGGAAUUGUUACGGCUAUCACAUGUCACGGAUGGAGGCAGGAAUGGCAUGCCAUUGCCAAGCGCAAGUGGAGUAGAUGAGAAGACGCGGGAGCUCAGGAAGAGGAAUUAGAAUAGCUUCACCUGGAAGCGACUUCGCGAAAUCAUGGCUGAGGCGGAGAGCGGGUGAAUAUGGCGUUUGGCGCAGAGGGACAGACGUUUGGCAUUUCGAUGUCCUUGGACUUUGAAGCGGCAUUGCAGGAACGCAUAUUAAGAUUACUGGUAGCAUCGGAUGAGUUGGCCGAAGUAUAUUUAGAUACUACUUGGGCAUAUGCAUAUAACACUAGUUUCAAUACCACUCCGGAGUACAU